AUGGUCCUCCACACCACCCCUUACUCCAGUGCCUGUUUGCACUUCCUGGACGGCUUAUCAUGGAGCUUGGUGUUCCCCUGCUACUGGCUCCUGGACCGGCUCCUAGCUUCAUGUGUGGCCACCUCACUGGAGAAGCGCCAGCGCUCCCAGGACCCCUGCUCCUUCCUCACCCUGUGUGUCCUGAUCUCUGCACCCUUUUACCUGCUCCUCCUCCUCGCCUCCCUGCCUUUUGCCCUUCUGGGCUUCAUCAUCUGGGCUCCCCUGCAGGCCAUCCGCCAGCCCUACUUGUACACCUACCGCAGACCAGACAAACACCAGAUCGAGCAGGGCCAGGCAGGGUUGGGGGGCAUAGGUAUUGGGGAAUGGAGGCCACAGGGCAGAAGCUUCUGUUUCUGCAGUGCCAACGUAUGCCUGCUGCCUGACUCCCUGGCCAGGUUCAACAACCUGUCAGACACCCACAGGAGAGCCCGUGAGGUGGGGAAGAGGAUCCGCAAUGGUGCCAGUCGGCCUCAAAUAAAAAUCUACAUUGACUCACCUACUAACACUUCCAUCAGUGCGGCAUCCUUCAGCAGCCUUGCCACAGGUUUCCGUCGUACCUCCUCUCUGGACCAUCGUCCAGACACCACACACACCACCAAUGGCCCAGCGGACACUGAAACUGAACCCCCCACCGAGUGCCCAAUUCACCCCUCAGGUGCCACCGACUGCCCUUUACACCCCGCUGCAGGAGACCAGGGCUCCUCUGGAUGCCCCCUUCACCCAGACGAAACAGACACCACAGCAGACUGCCAACUCCACCCAGCAGGGGCUAACAACAGCUCUAGCUGUCCUGUUCACACCUCAGGGGAGGCUCCAGACUGUCCCAUGCAUUCCACAGGGCCUCAGCGUGUCCCUGGCCAUCAUGACUGUCCCAUGCAUGGUGAAGGGAACCAGCCAAAAUCCUCAACAGACUUCCCACAUCACACCUCAGGGGUUCAAAUCAGCAUCAGUGCUCCAGACCCAGACCCCCAGGAGGAGGAGGCUGAAACAGGGAACCAUCGGCCAGGGGAUCAGGCAGGAGGAGACACAAGCAGCAUGACUGCCUCCAGGGAGUCCCUUGCUCGUUACCAUGGAGGUGACAGCGGAGUAGGGAUAUCCUCCAACAACACACUCUCUCAUGUCCCUCGCACGUCAAUCUUCAAGCGCCCUGGACGAAAACGCCGCCAUGGAGAUGAGACAUUCGACCAUGAGAUCUCUGCCUUUUUCCCUGCCAACUUGGAUUUCCUGGCUCUACAGGAAGUGUUCGACCACAGCUCGACAACUAGACUGCGACGGCAAUUGCAUCGCUACUUUCCGUAUGUGCUGAGUGAUGUUGGGCGGUAUGGCUGGAAAGGCUGCUGCUCCAGGUUCAAAUUCCUGAAUAGUGGGCUGAUGUUGGCCAGUCGAUACCCAAUUCUGGAUGCACGCUAUGAGUGCUACCCCAAUGGGAGAGGGGAGGACGCAAUGGCAGCCAAGGGGACGCUGUUUGCCAAGGUUCAUGUGGGCACUACCCAUCAGGAGCAAAGGGUUGUGGGAUAUCUCACGUGUACACACCUCCAUGCCAUAGAAGGUGAUGCUUCUGUACGAUGUGAGCAGCUGGACCUGUUGCUCCGCUGGGGGGCUGAGUUUCGUCAUUCCUCAUCCCAACCACCUGAAGGAGAGAAGGUGCUUGAAGACCUGGUGGCCUUUGAUGUCAUCCUGGGAGACCUCAACUUUGACAACUGCUCUUCAGAGGACAAACUGGAGCAGCAGCAUGCACUUUUUACUCAAUACAAGGACCCAUGUCGCCUUGGGCCAGGAGAGGACAAACCAUGGGCUCUAGGUACUCUUCUGGAUCCCAGUGGCCUUUAUGACGACGAGGUCAGCACACCUGAAAGUUUACAAAAAGUGAUGGAAAAUGAGGAGGGGAGGAAGGAGUACCUGGUGUUUCCUCCCAGUAAGAGCCAGUGUCCUGCCAGCAGUCAGAAGGGGAGGAAGAUCCCGCUGAAGGGCAAUGGACGCCGCAUUGACUACCUCCUCUACAGCGACGAGGGCCUGCAGCAUGACUGGAAACUGGAAAUUGAGGAGUUCAGCUUCGUCACCCAGUUGGCUGGCCUCACUGACCACCUCUCUGUGGCCAUGCGACUGGCUGUGUCCACCGGGGAAGAGGAGCCUUAGGUAGAUCGACCACUUGAAGCUUUUUAAAAAUACUGCCAUGGAGGAACGACAGACAACCAGGAAGAGGAGAAGAGGUUAAGAGUUUACAGAUAUGGAGCUGCGUCUGAGACACACAAAGCAGGGGUGGGAGAGGAUUAAAUGGACAGAGAAAUGGACGCAUGAAUUAAUGGAGGAGCACUCAGUGGAUGAAUGGAUAUAGUGCAGGUAGAUAGAGCGAUAGCAGGAGCAGAGGUGUGACAUGAAAGACAAAGGAGGGGAGAGAUAAGCAGGAAAAUUCAGUGUAGAAAUCCAGAGAGAUAUUAAUUUUCCUGGGUAAACCACACACACACACACACACACACACAAACACACACUAAAUAUGUUACCAAACACACAAACACAAGUGAUCAACAUUGUGACUGUUGAACGUCACCUGGCCUCUCCGCUCCUGUCCUCAAACACUCCCUGAACCAAAUUUGGAGAUUUUUAUUUACAGUAAAUUGUUUCAUGUAGUCAGUUUCCACACAUUCCUUGUAUUGGAUCUAUUUUAGCUUUAGUGUAAGUCAGAUUUUUUUCAUGAUUCUACCUUCAGGGACAGCUGGAUCCUCAUCCUUUAGUGACUGUGUCCAAAAGUGAUGAGAGUGAAAUGUACAGCUGCUGACUGGCCUUUACACUGACCAUUUGUGUCCUUGUGUUGUGCACCUUUCUGAAAGGCUAUUGGUCAGUUCUGCUGUCAGUCAUUCACCUUACUACUCCCACAUCAGUCCCAGGA